AUGAUCUUUGCCUUGAUCGGCCGACUGAAGCUGGCCCGACACAUGCCGGAAUGUACACAAAGUCGCGAAGAAGAUGCCCAUUUUGGCUCCCAUCUGCCAGCCGCCAACGGUAGACCGAGGGGGUGGGUGGGUGUUAUGUGGGGUGUGGAUGAAGGCGAGGGCUGGGGUGAGUGUCGACGUCCACAUACACGUUUUGCAGGUGCCAUUUAUCCUUGCCCACUCCCUCCGGACAUGGGCAAACUUCGGUCACGGCAUGCAUUCAGUCUUGGCGUAAACUCGCCAGCUCGUCAAUGCGUCCUUCCGGUCCGAUGCCUCUUUCACAAGUCGGCCGAGGCCUCGUCUGCCCAAACAGGCAGGCAGGCAGGCAGGCGGGCCACGGGGGUCUUCUGCUAA